AGGAUGCAAACAAAAUAUUUGCCGCCAAAUUUUCCUUUAGUGUGUUGCACAAUUAUAUUUUCUUCCAAAAAUAUCAAAAAAUAAAGUUAUAAUGGAAGGAUUUGAUGACCCAGGAAUAUUCUUUUCCGAUAACUUCUCAGUAGGUGAAUCUAAUGAGACGCGAACUAAUUUUCAAUAUUCGAAGAAGAAGUUUAUGGAAUUUAUUAGACAAUUCCACGAGGGAAACUUUAAUUACAAAUAUAGAGAUAUUUUAAAACGUAAUUAUAAUUUGGGUCAAUAUUGGGUAGAAAUUAAUUUAGAAGAUUUGGCAGCUUUUGAUGAAUCACUCGCAGAAAAAGUUUACAAGCAUCCAACUGAAUAUUUACCUAUCUUGGAAGAAGCUGCAAAAGAUUUAGCGGAUGAACUUACAGCUCCGAGACCACCAGAUGAAGAAAAAGUUGAAGACAUACAAAUUUUAUUAUCUUCAGAUGCACAUCCAAGUUCUUUAAGAGGAAUCAAACCUGAUGCAGUUUCUAAACUUAUUAAAAUACCUGGUAUUAUCGUUUCUGCAUCUGGAAUUCGGGCAAAAGCAACAAAAAUUGCUAUACAAUGUCGUUCCUGUAGAAGCAUGCAAACUAAUAUUUCAAUUAAACCUGGUUUAGAAGGAUAUGUUUUGCCUAGGAAAUGUACAACAGAACAAGCAGGAAGGCCAAAAUGCCCUCUGGAUCCAUUUUUUAUAAUGCCAGAUAAAUGUCAUUGUGUUGAUUUUCAAGUUCUCAAAUUGCAAGAAUUGCCAGAUCAAAUUCCACAGGGUGAAAUGCCAAGACAUUUACAAUUGUAUUGUGAUCGCUAUUUAUGUGAUAGAAUUGUACCAGGCAAUAGAGUUCUCAUUUUGGGCAUAUAUUCAAUUAAGAAAGUUACUAAAACAACUGGUAAUAGAGGAAGAGAUAAAGCAUUAAUUGGUGUUCGAGCGCCAUAUAUGAGGGUUAUUGGUAUUUCUAUAGAUGGAGAAAAUACAGGCAGUGGUAUUCAUUCAUGCUUUACAAACGAAGAAGAAGAUUUAUUUAGACGUCUUGCUUCGGACACUAAUUUAUAUGAAAGAAUUGCAAGAAGUAUAGCUCCCAGCAUUUUUGGUGCAUUGGAUAUUAAAAAAGCUAUAGCUUGCCUAUUGUUUGGUGGUUCUAGAAAAAGAAUGCCUGAUGGACUUUGUAGGAGAGGAGACAUUAAUAUUUUAAUGUUAGGUGAUCCUGGUACAGCUAAAUCACAGUUAUUAAAAUUUGUAGAGAGAGUUGCACCAAUUGCAAUUUACACAUCUGGGAAAGGAAGUUCAGCAGCUGGUUUAACAGCAUCAGUCUUAAGAGAUCCAGUAACAAGGAAUUUUGUCAUGGAAGGAGGUGCUAUGGUUCUUGCAGAUGGUGGUGUUGUUUGCAUAGAUGAAUUUGAUAAAAUGAAAGAGGAUGAUAGAGUGGCAAUACAUGAAGCUAUGGAACAACAAACAAUAUCCAUUGCAAAAGCAGGAAUAACUACAACAUUAAAUACUCGUUGUUCCGUUCUAGCAGCGGCAAAUUCGAUAUUUGGUCGUUGGGAUGAGAUAAAAGGAGAAGAAAAUAUUGAUUUUAUGCCAACAAUUUUAUCGCGUUUCGACAUGAUAUUUAUUGUUAAAGAUGAACACGAGCAAAAUAAAGAUGUAACACUAGCAAAACAUGUAAUGAAUAUCCAUACCAAUGCUGGUCAAGUUACAGAACAAUUAGCGGAAGGAGAAUUACCACUGCACAUUUUAAAAAAAUAUAUCCACUAUUGUAGAACUCGUUGCGGUCCAAGACUUAGUAAAGAGGCAGGAGAGAAAUUAAAACAUCGUUAUGUUGUAAUGCGAGCUAGUACCAGAGAACAUGAGAAAGAUAUGGAAAAGAGAUUAUCUAUUCCCAUAACAGUUCGUCAAUUGGAAGCUGUUAUAAGAAUUUCAGAAUCUUUAGCUAAAAUGCAUUUACAACCUUUUGCUACACAAAUCCACGUGAACGAAGCGCUUAGACUUUUCCAAGUAUCUACUUUAGAUGCUGCAAUGUCAGGGUCUUUAGCUGGUGCAGAAGGAUUUACCUCGGAUGAAGAUCAUGAAAUGUUAUCACGUAUCGAAAAACAAUUGAAACGUAGAUUUCCUAUUGGAAAUCAAGUAUCAGAGCAAAAUAUUGUUAAAGAUUUUGUAAAACAAGCAUAUCCAGAACGUGCUAUUUACAAAGUUAUACAUACAAUGAUACGACGUGGAGAACUUCAGCAUCGUAUGCAACGUAAAAUGUUGUACAGAUUACACUGAAAUGUAAUAACAUUUUUCUUUGCAUUUUGUGUUAUAUAUUUAUUCGUUUUAUAUAUAUGCUUUCAUUUUGUACUAUAUUUCAUGCAUUUUCAAUGUAUAAAUAUGCAUACAUUCGAACUACACCUUAAUAAUCUUUUUUUUUUUUUUUAUUUAGGACUGUAAUUCAUCCUUAAAUGGAUAAUGUGGAUGAUUCUCGACCCUAAAAGAAAUCAAAGGGAUUUUAUAUCUUCACGUUAUUUGGAAUAAAAUAUCUUUAAUAAAUAUAUUUACCCCUUAAAAAACAAGAAAUUAAAAAUUCUUCCACGUACGCCUUUGUCUAAGGUACUCAAAAUUUUCAUUUCUUCUUCAUUUAAUGAAAAACUAAAUAAGUCAAUGUUUGCCUUAACUCUCUCGGGAGAUUUACUUUUUGGAAUUACAACAACAUUUAAUUGUAAUGAGUAACGUAGUAACACUUGUGCUGGUGAUCGUUUAUGUUCUGCGCUUAUUUUUUGUACUAUUGGAUGUCCCAGAACAUCUGGAAAAUCUUCAACUUUAUGAUUAUAUUUCGUUUGAAAAUGCGUUUUAGCUCCUGGUGAUCCCAAGGGGCUGUAAGCUGUUAUAAUGAUAUUGUGCGUUUGACACAAUUGCCGUAGCGAAUUUUGUUGCAGAUAUGCAUGUAAUUCCACCUAAUAAUAAUUAAAGUGAUUACGAAACUAUAUCAAAGCCAAGUGUCAUAAAAUUUAUUUACAUGUCAAACCUACUUGUAAGUUACUUGGCUUAAUUUGUGCGUUCUCCCAUAUAUUUAAAAUUUGUUUUUCAUUAAAGUUACUUAAACCUAUA